UGUUGCAGGAAGUUUUAAAAUUGUUAACAAUGCAUAGAACGUUGAGGUUAGUUGAUCAAGCGAGACGGGCUGCGUCAUCAAUUGCGGUGCCACCAAUGCCCGCCUGUGACGUCACACCGGAACCAUACAAAGGUCGUUCUUACGAAGAAACGAUGAAAAUCAAAAGAUCAAACAUCGCGCCGACUAAGGUUCCCGCGUAUUCGAAACCAUUGUUGCUGACACAGGGCAAGAUGCAGUGGUUAUGGGAUGAUGAGGGACGAAGGUAUCUUGACAUGUUCGCUGGGAUCGUCACCGUCAGUGUUGGACAUUGUCAUCCUACUGUGGUGGGGGGGUUAAAGGAACAACUGGAUGAAAUAUGGCACACGACCAACUUAUACCUAACCCCCCCGAUGCACGAAUACGCGGAGAAACUAACUUCUACACUACCAGACCACUUAAAGGUUUGUUUUUUCACAAACAGCGGUUCUGAGGCGAACGACUUGGCAAUAGCGUUGGCGAGGCAAUAUACGUCAUCGUUUGACGUCAUAUCGUUCCGCAACGCUUACCACGGGGGAAGUCCCUAUUCAGUAGGUCUCACUGCUCAUGGGACUUGGAAGCAUUCGUAUCCGAACGGGUUUGGGAUCCACCACUCUAUGAACCCCGACCCCUACCAAGGUGUGUGGGGCGGCUCAAAGUGCCGCGACUCCCUGGUACAAGCCGACCGUCAAUGUGGGUGCGACGGGGAGUGCGAGGCCGGUGAAAGAUAUUUGGAACAAUUGAAGGAGGUGCUCGAUUACUCUGUGGGGGGGAGGCCCGCCGCUCUGUUCGCUGAACCGGUUCAAGGGGUUGGGGGGGUCGUGCAGUUUCCUAAGAAAUUCUUAAAGAAGGCUUACGAGCUUAUCCAUGAGCGUGGGGGAUUGUGCGUAAGCGACGAGGUACAAACGGGGUUCGGGAGGCUGGGGUCGCAUAUGUGGGGGUUCGAGACCCACGGGGUAACCCCUGAUAUUGUAACCAUGGCAAAGGGGAUUGCUAACGGGUUUCCUAUGGGGGCCGUCGUCACUACGAAAGAAAUCGCUCAAGCGUUUACUGGAACUUUACAUUUAAAUACGUUCGCUGGAAACCCGUUGGCUUGCACAGUGGCUAGCAAGGUGUUGGAUGUUAUACAGGGUGAGGAUACGAUGGGGUUGUGCAGGAGGGUGGGUGAGAGGUUGAUUAGGGGGCUCGCCACGCUGAGAGAUGAGUUUAACAUCGUGGGUGACGUUCGGGGUAAGGGCCUCAUGCUCGGCGUCGAGAUGGUUCAGGAUAAAGGCUCAAGGGCGCCACUUAGUGGCCCAGACAUGCUUGAAAUAUGGGAUAAUAUGAAAAACAUGGGGUUAAUAGUUGGUAAAGGGGGUUUGAGGGGGAACACCUUCCGAUUGAAACCCCCUAUGUGCAUUACUGAGGAAGAUGCCGACUUUACCAUUGGGGUAAUGAGGAAAUGUAUAAGUGAUUUUGCUAACAAGUGAGGGGGGGCUCAUUGUUUAAAUACAUUGUGAUAUAUAAUGUCAUUGUAUUUACGUGUCAAAUGUUAUUAUGAUGUAACACAUGUCAUUAUUGUGCAUUAAAGCAAAACCUCAUUGUUACGAUUGUUUGAUAGAUAAUAAACACUUACCAAGUUA